AUGAAGGUCCGUUUCGACUCUAGAGAAAAAGGAAAAUAUUAUUUUUAAGUUAGUUUAACAAUUAUUUUCUCUCUUUUUCUAAUUUCCUUUCUUUCAUCAGCUCUCAAGUACUUUCUGAAACUAUUAGAAAUCAGCAAUAACAAAUUUCAUUCCGACCUUGCAAAAAAGUGCGCCGCACCUUUGCAUGAUCGCUGAACACAUGCCACGCCCCUUUGUUUUCCGCCGAGAAAUUUUGUUGUUUAUUUCGCAACAGACGUGAUGUCACUCUCCCGCUUGUGUUAAUGCUUUUACCAAUCACUCGUGAACCUUUCUAGAACAUUUAUAUCAAUAGGAUCAAUUAUUUUCGUCUCAUUAGUUCGCUGUGAAUUUAUUUUUAAUUCAACUUUUUUUUUCCAGAUGAACGGGAAUCUACGGAUUCCUCCUGUAAAAACGUUCCCUUCAAGCACCGAUGAAACACGGCGAAUCGUGUCUGAAAAUCAGCCGAAUUUUUUCACCGGUCUCCUUGUGAAUGUUGGUUUUUCUCUCAUUUCUCUAAAAUCUAAACAAUUUUUCCAGUUUUCGAAGAAGAUAUUAUUCAACGACGCGAAAAAUAUCGCAAUUUUCUACCUAGUUUUCCUGUCAGCUUUGGCGUUCUUAGAAAGCCUUUAUGAGUUUGACGGAACCUUUUUCUUGGUUCAGGUUUUCCCUCCUUUGAUUAUGUUUUUUAAAGUUAUUUUUUUCAGAAGAAUAAUUUUGUAAAUCAAUAUGGAGUGAAGAUUGGAUGGUUCUGGACGUUGGCGAUCGUUGGACCCUUUAUUUGGUUGGUUUUUUACACAAAUUACAUGGAAAAUGAGGAUUAUUAAUGAUUUUUUUUUCAGGUUUUCUUCGAAAGCCCACAACAAGAAAGAUAGUCGGGAUCAGCCUUUAAUCGAUAUCGCUCGGUUGGGUGUAGCCACAGCUUGUUGGUAUGGAGCCACGAAUUUGUGAGUUUUGAUAGUUUUGAAUACUUUUAAGGCGCAAAUGAAGAAAAUUUCAGAAAUUGGAAAAUUUGACUAUUUUUUUCAGCUUCUUUAUUCAAGUUCCCGUUCAUAAACAGCAUUUUCAAGUGUUGAUAUUUCUGAAACUUGAAAAAGGGUCAUAUUUCUAAACAAAAAUAAAAUUUCCAAUUUUUUUAAAGCAUAUUUUCCUAUAAGUUUACGAUUAAUUCAGCUUAAAAAAAAAUUUUUUUCUUCACCAAAUUUUUCCAGUAAUAAGCUUUUAGGGUAUUAAUUUCAUAUAGAACUUCAAAAAAAAAUUAAGAUGCUUAAAUUUCCGCACCAAAAACUAGUGUUUUUCAAGCCAACCUGCGUCUUUGAAAAAAAUUUCUCGAUAUCUGGUUUUAUAAGGUUUUUUUUUUUGGAUUAUUGUCUACUAUUUUUUAUUUUUUUUAGUGCUUCUGUAGGCGAAGAAAUCUUCCACGACCCAAAAAAACACAAAAAUCGGCUCUUCGUCUUGAAAAUAUUUUUUGAAGUCACUCCAUGCUCCUUUAAACUUUUUAGUAAAGUUUUUCAGAGUUUGUAUAAUUAGUUUAUCGCUUUGAAAAAAUUACCAAUUUUUUUCGCUUUUUCAUUAAUUAUAAGGUUAAUUUAGUUUUACCUUUCUCCCUUCAUAAUUUUCUGCCUUCAAAAAAGAAACUCAUAUUUUUCAAGGUUCCGCUACAUACACGAGUUGACGUCGCACUGCACUUCGGGACUCAGUUUUUCGCUCCAAAAAUGCGAAGUCGAGGGCGGAGACUGGAUCCACGGCUGGGACUUUUCCGGGCACUGUUUCCUCAUGCUCUACAGCAUCCUUGUCCUCACUGAAGAGGUUUUUUUUUGGAAAAUAAUUAAGUUUAUUCACGUUUGUAUUGAAAAAUUUUCCAGUGGAAGUAUUAAAUUUAAAAGAAAAGAAAAAAAAAAGUUUUUUUUCGAAUUUCCUCCGGGAGUAGCUCAUUUUUUUCUAGAUUUUUUUGAAAGGGUUUCCUGCAUCUUCAAUAUUUUUUUGAGAAUAUUAAAUUUUUUUAAGCUAUUAUUUUUUUGAAUUAUAUUUUUUUCAGAGGGCUUCCUAGGUACUAUCUACAGUAAAUUAUUGAAAAAUCUUUUUUUUUUUUGGAAGAAAAAUUUGAUAUAAGAACGAGAAAAAAAUGCCUUGUAUAUUUUAAAAGGGUCAUUUUUCUUAUUCAGAUUUAAAAAUUUCACAACAAUUUUUGGCAAAAGUCCCGAAAGAUUUCAGAAAAAUCGGUUUCUAUUCUUGUGUAGCUUUCAUAAAUUUCGUCCCUAGGGCCUAAAAAAUAUUAAGAAUAAAAGAUGGAAAAAAAGAUUUUUAAGAUUCGAAGUAGAUAAGGAAGGAAAGAAACCCAAGAUGCAAAAAUUUGAAAAAAAAACCAGCUUUUCCUAGAAUUUUGCAGAUUUACCUGUUUUAAAAGUAACUUUUUUCCGGUUUUUAUACUUUUAGGAUGUAUUUUUAUAUAUUCAUUCCUUUUUCCUAGGCUUCCGCAUUCCGAAACUACCAAAAAGUGACGGACGAAGUUUUGCCGACCAACGAAGAUUGGGAGGACCACCGAAAAAUCACCCGAAUCAUCAACUUUUUCUUCGUCGCCAUGGGCGUCUUGCACGUCCUUUGGGUUCGUUUAUGAUCGAUUUUCACUGAUUUAUCGAUUUUUUUUUGCAGUUCAAACAGCUCAUGAUCUCGGUCAUCUACUACCACACCUGGGUUGAAGAGGUUCGUUGGUUUUUAACUGGAAAAAAAAAGAAACAAAAAAAAAUUUUUCAAGGCUCCCGAUUUUAAAAAAAAAACCUUUUUUUAUUAGUUUAUGUGCUAUUAGUUGCUUGUAUAAAAUUUCAAAGAGGUUUUCUGGAUUCUAUAAGUUUUUAUCAAAUUUUGUAAUCGAAAAAAAUGAAGCUUUUCCGAAAAUUAUAUUGGCGAUUACUUCGUUAAAAAAAGCUGAAAAAAAUAAUAUAGCUUCAUUUUUGAUAGUUUUAAUAUCAAAAAAACUGCGAGAAUUUGAUGAUUCCUUCGAAAAAUAAAUACCUUUGAAAAAAAUUGAAGCUUUUAAAAAAAUUAAGUCAACCUCUUUUUUUCUGCCAAAAUAACUUUAAUUUUUGGUAGGAAUUUCGAUUUUAUUCCCUUUUUAAGGUUUUUUUGGAUAGUUUCGAAACAAAACCAAAAAAAUUUUUUUAUUCAAUUUUUUUCAAAAAAAUGAGAACUUCUUGGGUGGAAUAAUUGUUAUAUUCUUUUUGAAGUUUGUUCCUAAUAUUUUUUUAGGCCAUUUUUUUAAUUUUUUUCAUGAUGUUUUUAUUUUUUUAAUCGAACAAGUUAUAUUACACUGAAAAAUUUUUGAAAGUCAAUUUUUGAACAUGGAAAAAAAUUUAUUUUUCAACGCCAAAAAGUCAUUAAAGAUCAGCUUCAAAUGUUGAUUUUUUUCAGUUUUGAAAUUUUUUUAGAUCUUUUUAAUUUUUGAUAAUUAUAAGAAAGACUUAUUCUGAUAGUUUUCAGGCAAUUUUAAAAAUUUUUUUAAUGGUAUCUUAUUUCCAAUCGAAUGUAGAAAAAAAUUAAUUUUUUUGGCCGAUUCCCGCCGAAAUUCAUCAAGAAUUGGCUAUAAAAGUCAAUUUUUUUGCAUUUUGAAGGGUUUUUUUAACCAUUUAUAUUCUUUAUUUAAAGGAGAAAACUUUUUUCCGAUGUUCUAUGGUAUUCUAUUUCAGUUGAAUAAGAAAUAAAUCAAUUUUUUCCACUUUAAAAUCGAAAUUCCCGCCAAAAUUAAUCAAAAAUUGGCUGUAAAAUUCGAUUUUUUGCAGUUUGAAGGAUUUUUAACCACGUACAUGCUUUAUUCCAAAGAGAAAAACUUUUUUUGGUGUUUUAAGGUAUUUUAUUUCAGUUGAAUGAAAAAUUUCCAAUUCAAAAUCUUAAUUCCCGCCGAAAUUCAUCAAAAAAUUGGCUGUAAUAUUUGAUUUUCUUGCAGUUCGGAGGAGCCUUGACGGCGGUGGCCUGCUGGUACCUUACCUACCGGGUUUUGUAUCCCGCGGGAUUCCUGCAAAGUCCCAUCGAUCGGUCCAAAACCAGCAAGCGCGUCUCCAACGUCAAACGGCGCUGA